AUGGGCGUUACCUCUCAAGAUAAAUGCCAGCUGUUGGGUCCCACUUCCAUUGUUAUCCAGUUGGCUAUGGGAAUGGCCAUAGUAGCUGGGCUAUUACUAAAAAGGAACCGAGAACACCCAAGGAGGAAGAUGGUAGUUUGGGCCUAUGAUGUUGGCAAACAGCUUAUCGGAGCUUUGGAGAUUCACUUUAUAAAUCUAGGGUUAAGCAUUUGGCAACAGAGAGGUGUCAUACUGUUUUCAGGAAAUAAUAACAAUCAGGAUGAUGAUGGACAGUGUGAUUGGUAUUUCCUCAAUUUGUUAUGUGAUACAACCAUAGGAAUUCCUAUACUGUGGGUGAUACUCGUAUUGAUUCAAUCUAUUCUAGUUCAUCUAGAAGUGACGAACAUCGAAAGCGGGAACUAUUUUUCCUCAGCUUCUGAGAAUAAAUCGUUGAGCACAGAAUCCAAAAGGCCAUUGUUUAGUGCAUUCUUGAAACAAUCAUCAAUAUUUGUUGGUGGAAUAAGUGCUAUGAAGUUCAUCAUCUAUGAAUUGCUAGAACAUUACGAAAAAGGUGCCUCAUGGUUUGCCAAUUUGUUGUUAGGAUGGUGCGAUCAUUGGCCAAAUUUCCAGGUGUUUGUAGUAAUGUUUGUUUGUCCCGUGGGCCUCAACUUCUUCCAGUAUUUCUGUGUUGACAAUAUUAUCAAACUACCAACAACUUGUGUCAAUUCUCAAAACCUAGAGAAUUUCGAACCUGAAUCCCUUGAAGAAUACCUUGAAACCAACGUCAAUGCCAACACAAACCGUGGUAGUAGCCACGCGAUUUACGGUAGCCUUGGUUGA